AUGGAGGAACCGCCCGUGGUGGUAGGAGCGGUCGAUAUGGAGAUGGCCCCAGAGCAGCAGACCAUGACAGGCAUGGGCUUUUUGCAGUCGCUCCUCGAGCCCCACAGUGCGCUCAUCGUGAAGCAGACGAUGCGGGGCUGCUUCCAGGAGUGCCUGGGGUGCGAUGCCAAGUCCGAGUACAAGAUUGCUCCGCUGGACCCCGGCGAGAUUCGAGGCAUGGACGCAUCCGAGACCGCGUUAGGCGCUCCGGAAAUCAUGUACGCCAUUGAGCACUCCAGCUGCUGCUGCCGGCUGUGCAAUCCGGCGGGGCGCGGUUUCGAGAUGCACGUGUCUCAAGGCGGCGAAGCUGGUGGACCCCCUGUGGUGAACUAUGUCAAGCCCCUCACGUUUCCCGCUGUGUGCCACAUCCAGACAGAGAAGUUCGGCAGCUACGACUGCCCGUGCUGCUGCUGCCUCCCGAACAUGCAGCCCAAGCUGCCGGAUGGGAGUUCACUCGGGUCUGAGUCCCGCUACUACUGCGAUGUUUGCCUCUACGUGCCGAAGUUCAAGUACAAGGAGGACGACCAGCUCGUGUACAUCAUUCAUCCGGAGACGUGCUUGGGUGGCGCCUGUGUGGCUUGCAACAUCUGCAGCGGUAAGGGCAUCGCAUACAUGCCCUUCUACUUCCACGACCCGGAGACCGGCGAUGUGAUCGGCGAGUACGACAAUCCCUACACCCCCCAGGUGCGGAAGGUUUGGGCAGGCUGGAAGAAGGAGUGUUGCUCCACGGCCGACACCUUCACAGUUGUCUUCCCCAAGGAUGCAACUGUCAAGAGGAAGGCAGGCCUUUUGGGAAUGACCUUUCUGAUUGAUUUUACCAUUUUCGAGGGCCAUCAGCAAAGCGCUACGUACUUGGACCCACGGGCCGAGCAGUUGCUAAGUCCUUGCAGAGUUGACGGAGAGGGAAAGUGGGAGGAGUCUACUGACAGAUGCAAGAAGAGGGCACCAUUCUCCUCUGAGACGCUGACGCAAGACUACCUGCUAGUCCUUGUCACAGGCUUUCAGGAGGUGCUUCAGCGCAGCUGUCCCUUCGCUGCGGCCUUGACUCAGCUCUUGCCUUAUACCAUGGAGAACCUUGACCUGAAGAUCCAGGUCCUAGUCGGCCACGAGAUGGUUCCCCUCGCCCGAGCCAUGAGCUACGCGGGCGCCGGGUGGAGCAACCUGCUGGCGAGUGAGUGGCCAAUCUUCGGGAUCCUGAACCGCAUACGGGAGAUGCGGGUCAAGUCGGAAACUUCGAGCGCCUACUACAAAAGCCUUGGGCAGAGCACCACGCCCUCUCCAGUGAUGGCCCUUGCCCAGCUCAAUGCCUCCAGCUGCAUGAUGCGCGCCACUGCGAGGCUUCACCUCGCACUUCUGGCCGACUUUGCUCCCAGCUUCGACCAGUCCCCAGCUGCGCAGCUGGUGGACGACGCCGAAGCCCAGGCCGUCCAAUGCUUGCGGAAGCUGCAGCCACGCUUGCAAGAGUCGGCCGCCCAGCACAGGGUGUUGUGCCUGCUGCUCUGUGCAACAGCACCCAUCCGAUCCUUUGCCGAAGAAAGGCCGAAGCUUUGGGAUACCUUGCAUUUGAUCGACUGGUGUGCUUUGCGGGGCUUGAAGGGGCCAUGCCAGAACCUGGCAGAGGAGGAGGGGAACAUGGCUGUCCAGGCGAUGCUGCCCAUCUCCGUGGCUUUUGUGCUUUGCCUCAUGCUGUCCUCCUCCAUGGAGUCCUUCAACAUAACCUGGCUGCCCGAGUCGGGCGUGGUCAUCCUCAUCGGCCUUGGCCUGGGCGCCAUCUUCAUGGUCCACUUCGGGGAAGCUGGCUUUGGGACCGGGUCUGUGAUCCCUGUGGUGGGACCGCCAGCUGUGAAGUAUGCCUUCCUGCCGAUCAUCAUCUUCGAGUCCGGCUGGACACUCCGCUGGAAGGACUUCGCCUCGCAAUUGGGCUACAUCCUCGUCUUCGCAAUCCUAGGCUCCGUUAUCUCCAUGGUGGUGGUGGCCGAGCUGAUCCUGGCUACCAGUGACUACCACUCCAUCCAGAACCGCCGGACAGCCUUUGCAUAUGGCUCGUUGAUUGCAGCGACCGACCCGGUCGCAACGCUGGCCACCUACGCAAGCCUCAAAGUCGAGCCGGUGCUGAAUGUCAUGGUCUUUGGGGAGUCCAUGAUCAACGACGCUGUUGCCAUUGUCAUCUUCGAGAUUCUGAACAGUAACAAGAUCAUGGGCAACCCAUGUCACCCGGUCACCCAGCAAUCCAUCUCGCUGGCGGUGACAGUGGGCAUCUUUCAGAAGUUGGCAAUCUCCAUCAGCCUCGGUCUGGCGUCGGCGAUGGUCCUGAUUCUGGGGCUCCGCUUCGCAAGCCUGAAGCACUCUCAACUCAUGGAGAUCCUCUACAUCAUGGUGUCGGCUUACGUGAUCUACGCCGUGGCGGAAAAGCUGCACUCCUCCGGAAUCAUCGCCACGCUGUUCGGCUCCAUGCUCAUGGGCAUCUACGCGAAACCACACCUGUCAGAUGAGGGAAACCUGCUGGCCACUUUCUUCGUGAAAGGUAUGGCAACUCUUGCAGACACCUUCACGUUUCUGAUCGUGGGCGUCGGGGCUGUGGCCGUAACCCAGGAACGAUCCAGCUUCAAGUUUAGCCUUUGGGUCAUGCUCUUCUGCAUCGUCGGCCGUAUGGCUGCCGUGAUACCUUGUGGUGGCAUCGUCAACGCUGCAAAGACUGCAAUCGGUCGGCACAACAAGGCCCCUCGCCAAGACUGGUUCCUCUUAUCCUGGCAGCAUCUCUUCAUGAUGUGGCACGCCGGCCUGCGAGGAGCCAUCGCGCUGGUUCUCUGUUGGGAGCUGGGAGACUGGGUGGAUGAGCUGGAAGGCCCAGGGACCAAAGAGAUCCUGAUCACCAGCACCCUCGUGGUCAUCUGCGUCUUCCUGCUGGCCUUCGGGGGCACGACGCAGGGCAUGUUGCGGUGCUUGAAGAUACGGAUGGGAGAGGACAUGCCCGAGAACCUCUUGGCUGGAAAUACCAUGCUCAGCUGCGCACGGAAGUGCGGCCAUGCCAUUGAUGGCCGGCUGCUAUGGCCUUGCUUGGUGGGUGGGCCCAAUACCAAGGAUGCCACCUUGGAGGACCUGGCGGGAAGUGCCCUACAAGAGAUUCUUCAGGAGACUGGCUUGUCGCACCGGAACCAGGCCUUCUUCCGACGGCGGUCCUCCACGUUUCGCAUCUGCACCGAUGGGGUAGGGGAUUCUGAGCUUUCCACCAGCUCCACGGAAGAGGAAACUCUCUGA